ACCGGAAGUUCUCUAUGUUGUCAUCCGUCGAGAGGCUGGAAUCAGGAAGUGGACUUUUCAUGUACUGUUUUGAUUGAGUUCGUCGCUGUUCAGCUGUCUAAUUUACAAGUUUAAAAUGGGUCUUUUUGGAAAAACACAAGAGAAACCACCGAAGGACCUUAUCAAUGAAUGGUCUCUCAAAAUCAGAAAAGAAAUGAGGGUUAUUGACAGACAGAUUCGAGAUAUUCAAAGAGAGGAGGAGAAGGUGAAGAGAUCGAUCAAAGAUGCUGCAAAGAAGGGACAGAGAGAUGUCUGCAUCAUCCUCGCCAAAGAGAUGAUUCACUCAAAGAAAGCCAUCAACAAGCUGUACGCCUCUAAAGCCCAAAUGAACUCUGUGCUGCUCAGUAUGAAGAAUCAGUUGUCUGUGUUAAGAGUGGCUGGUGCCAUGCAGAAGAGCACAGAGGUCAUGAAGGCCAUGAACAGCCUGGUUAAAAUCCCAGAGAUUCAAGCCACCAUGACGGAGCUCUCAAAAGAGAUGAUGAAGGCUGGAAUCAUAGAGGAGAUGCUGGAGGAUACACUGGAAGGGAUGGAUGAUGAGGAGGAAAUGGAGGAAGCAGCAGAGGCUGAGGUUGAUAAGAUCCUCUUUGAGAUUACAGCUGGUGCACUUGGAAAAGCACCCAGCAAAGUCACAGAUGCCCUGCCUGAACCAGUGCCGAUUGGAGCCACAGCAGCCUCAGAAGGGGAGGAAGAAGAAGAAGAAGAAGAUAUCGAGGGGAUGCAGUCCAGGCUAGCAGCGCUGAGGAGCUAAUAGACCUGAGCUCUAUAGGCAUAGACAACAUAUCUUACUUCCUCUGUAGCUUUUCUUACCCAUAAGUACACUUUGGUACAUUAAAUUUACCACUAAAUUCAGACUUCACAUAAAAUGAACAAAGUUAUAUUGAUAGUGUAUAGUGAAAUAAAAGGAACUCUAUAUUACAUAUAAUAAAGAACAGUGAAGUCUGAUGUUUAGUUGUUAUAUAGUAGCAGGUGGAUGGCUAUUUCAAAUUAUUCACUUUUUACUUAAGCCCAUUUUAUUUCUAGAGAUUCUGACUUCACUCAUUUGGAUCUAUGCCUAUAGUUAAGCAGCUUGUCCAAGAAUCUAUUGUGUAGUGACGUCAUAUCGGUGUUGGUCGAAAUAAUUUUUGUCUCAAGCCUUAUUUGGGCGAGGUGACUAGUUCUUUCCUAUAUCUGGUAAAUUGUUUUUUACUGACAACUUCAUGGAAGCCAUUACUUGUAAAUCUUGUACAAAUACUGAAUAUAAAAAUAUAUCUGUUUGCAUUGUUACUUUGUAUGUAAACUUGUUAGCAAGUUAUAAAACAGGCUUUCGGAAUAAAGGAACGGUUGUGGUCAA